GCAUUCUUCCAGCAAGCACCACGGAUCGAUUUUCCUGUUUCUGUCUUCAAAUUUCCUGGGCAAGACGCAUGCACAGUAGAAUGAAAUAUGCAGCUUUUAAGUUAACAUUCGGCAUUUCGCUUUACCGGGCAUGCACAGCUGUGAGAAGAAAGAAGAUCCCGGAAGAUGAUCGCUUCAGGGGGGUUGCUGGAAGAAACCCAGGACCAGUGCAGUUUUCUCCUGAUAGGUGCACCAGCCUGGGGUUUCCGGAGCCUGUGAGUGUAUGGUUUUGUUUUAGGUCAUGCAGCAGCCUGUUAUCUUGAACUACUGCACCUUCCAUAAUGGAGAUUACAAAUGCUUUCCAGGGACACAUGUGUUCCCUACCACCACAAGGAACAUGGUUAUGCAUUUACACGAUGAGGUUGAUUCCUCAUAUCUUCCUGUAUACAACCUACAGGGCUUAAGUAAUUGCAGGUACACAGGAGGACUGCAAAACUGUCACCAGGUUUUCAAUCCUGUGGCUACUGACCGUGCUACAGUAGGAUGUUCUGUGACUUUUCCUACUUUCCCAGUUCAGGAUAUGUGUCAUCAAAGCAUCCCUGCCCAAAAUGAGUUUCUAUGUAGCAGUGCAGGGAACUACGUAGAGAGCAAGUGCCAAAGUUGUAAGGAGAAGAAAAGAGAAAUACUCAGCAGGCAGGUGGUUGACAUAGUUAGACGACAUGGGUGCCUUGAAGUCAACAGUAAGGAGAUAUUGGGAUGGUAUAUAAUGCUUUCUGAGGAAGACCGUAGAAUAAUAAAAGAAUCUGGUUCCCUUCAUAGAUUUCUACAAGAAAGUACACCCCUUCUCCUAGUCAAAGACACAUUGGUGAUGCUUAAAGGCUACACUUUCAAGAACCUGGAAGAGAACUCUGCAAAGGGGCACAGCUUAGACAAAUCACGUCGGGCAACAUUAUACUGUGUUUGGUCUUGUGAAAACUGUGGGUUCAGUAACAGUUUUGAUAUGGCAUUUUGCAAACGGUGCCACAAUGCUGUAAGCGGGUUGGAGGAGAGCAGUAUCGGAGCAGAUGACUUUGCAAAUUCUGCCCGCAAGACUAAUGACUGUGACUACAGAUCUUCAACUAGUGUUUCCACCAAUGUAGAUAAAAAUUUGGCACAAGAAAACAGCAAAAGCAAAGCUGCAGUUAGCGCUGAACUGACGUUUUGCACCAGCAAAGCAGAGGAAUGUUCUACUGUGUCAGAAGAAAAGUGCCAAAGAGAAAGACAAAGUCCUACGGCCUUUGAGCUGAAAGAAAUGGAAACCUGUAUGCUAAAGAAGGCUUCCAAAAGCAUGCAGAAUAAUGAUGCAACUAAGUCUGUUCAGCUAAUGGAUGAACAUAGGCUCAAAGAAAAAUAUGUCAUAUCUAAUACUAGCAAGUUUAGUUCUAUAGAGACAAUUUAUACCACAGUUGGCAAACUGGAGGAGAACCGUACUGAUCUGCAUUUAGAUACCUGGGACUCAGAGAAGUGGGAAGAGAUUAUACUUGCUCCUGAUUCAAGGUACUUAUUACAGACAGAGUCUCAUAGGGAAACCCCAAGUAUCAUCAGCUAUUCAAAAGUGGAAAGUCUGGAUAUUUUGAGUGAAAAAGGAAGGACCUCUAGUCCUCAUCAGUGCAAAGAGGAUGUCUUGGAAGACUCAGGAAUCACAGGAGAUCAAGUGUUGUGCGCUGAAUCAGGCUGCAAAGAAUGUCAUGGGGACCCUGAAAAGAAAGACAAACCUUCACUGCUACAUAAAUACCACACCGAUUAUAUUGCGAAAGAUGUUGGCCAAGAGUGUUUACCUGGUGACAACAUUGAUGAUACUUUCUUUUCUGUUCAGAGUAGUAGCUGUUGUAGCAUAUGUAGCAACUCUAGUUUACCUUUCUCACUCGAUGAUCUCAAUGAUACUGAAGGUGUGAAUGCCGAGGUGUCUGCUUUGAACAUGCCUGGUUUGGAGGAAGUAAGAGCCAAUAGUAAAAGAACUGUAUCCUGCAACACAGAACCUUCAUGGAUAUUAAACUAUAUAACCGAGGAGAAGGAAUCUCAGACUAUAAGCACAGAAACACAAGAUGUUUCUGUAAAUACUGAUAUAUCACUAACCUUUUGCAACCCAAUGGCUCAGAAUGUGCUGAAUGAAGGAGCAGGUGAUGGUUGUGCUAAAGUUGGUCUUGCAGUGAAUUGGAAAGCAAAAUCCAGUGAUGCAUUAAUGCAAAGAGCAAUAAAGGCAGAGCUGCAACUUCUAAAUACUCAGCGUAUGUUCUGCAGGCAGCUUUGCUGCAAAGCUCAUCAGAGGUCUUUGGAGAAGCAAUGUGCCCUCAGCCUGAAUGGAGCACCGUUGGAACAGUUAACAGAAACGUCUCCUUUAAACUUGGUGUCUGCUCUUGCUGAAGUUGAGGAAAUCUAUGAAAAAAUCAAGGCAAAAAUACUUUCAGGAGUCGCUCUAGAUGACAUGGUUUCUUUGUCUGCUCAACUUACAAAAGUGGAUAUAGCAGCAGAGUCUUUGACAGGCAGUUUUCAGCCAAGUGUCGUAGAAGCGUUCAAAAGUAUUAGUGAUGUUUUUGUUGACAAGAAAGAGGAUACUUUGAUAACCAGUUUGCCAGCUAAGGCUCAAGACCAAAGUAUGGAACAGAAAAAUACAAGCCCAACUUCAGAAGUCCCUGAGGACUGGUUUGAUGCACAGGAGAAUAUAACAAUGGAAAGUCCCAAAGAUUUGUCAGAAUGUAUCAAAGAGCUGAAUAAAAAAGAUGAUGUUACAGAAAAUGGCAUUGUUAUGUCAAGUGACUUAAAUGAAAAUGAAAUGAAAAAGCCUGUCUCAACUCAAUCAGGGUGUAUGUAUGUUCAUGUUGGAAAUAUAGCACAUUCUAUUACAGAGAAGAAUUUGCUGAUGUAUUUUGAGAAGUACCAUGUGUGCAAGGUUUACCUUCAGGAACUAUCCAUUAAAUCCAGCUACGCCGUUCUUACUUUUGACGAUGCCACCCAAGCACAAGCAGCAGUAAAGGAAAUGGAUGGAAAAGAAUUAUGUGGAAGAAAAAUUAAAGUCCGCCACAUCAAGAAUUCACAAGAUUCACUAUUAAAGGCAUUUCAAACAUUACUACCUGGUAGUACCAAGACUGAAAACCAAAGGCCUGUGAUAUUUUCAUCUAAACUAUCUUCAAAGGACAGCAACACUAAACCUACAUUAAGUACACCAGCACAUGCUGGUGGUGAUGUAGCCCAGAAAGGGUCUUAUUAUAAAAAAUCAGAGGAUGCUUCAUUGAACACACAAAAUUAUGGAAGACCUGUGCCUCAAACAAUUCCAUUCUGGGUACCUCCUGCCUCUCCAAACAUGAAUCCCCCAGUACCCCCUUGGAUGGUGCCAUCCUUAUUGUCUUCACUGGUGGCUAUGCAAACUCCAUGGGCUUUUACAUAUGCUGGCCCACAAUACUCAUCACCAUAUCCUCCGUGUGCUCCAGUGUGUGCCCCCUUUCCUCCUCAAGCGUCUUACAUCCAACCCAGAUCUAUGCAUAGUUCUUCUGGCGCUAUUGCAAAAAAUGAAAAGAAUGACUUGUGUGCAACCACCAAGUCAUCUGAACCAAGAAAAGGUAGCAGCAAAGGCUCUGGUAUUUUGUCUUCCAGUGUCAAAGAUUUAAAGCAGAUAGCACGAAGUCUGAAAGAAGGGCCCGUUUCCAGAGCUGCGACUGUCACUGUGCCAGUUAAAGUGAACACCGCACAAACAGAAACGCCAUCCUCUGCAUUGAACUACAGCUCUCACAAAGCAAAGGCACCUGCUAAAACAUCAACUUCUGCUGGAAACCUCAGUGUGCAGUCUUUAGAUCCCAUCGGUGUUGCAACAACUGAAGUGACAAAAACUGUAGCAGUGACAAAAGUGACACAGAUUUCAUCCACAACAGUCCCUCUGAGAGUACCAUCAUUUGUUCCUCUGACAGUGACAAUCCCCAAGCCAGAGACCGGUGACAACGCUCAGUCGUACACAAAACUUCUUUCAGUUUCUUCAAAGGCACCUACAGGUCACGCCAGUUUAAACCAUCCUGUAACUGCACCUGUAGCCUUCAAACUUGCUUCUAAGCCAAUAUCUGCAUCAAAGAUAGACCAGACCCCCGUUGAUGAGGAUCCUAAUGUGUUUCCUGUUUUGGACCCAUCAUCUGAACUCCCCGUACACAUCAUUCCCAACAGGCUGAAUCUCAGCAGCUUCGACAAAUUAAUGGCCCGUCUCACAGGCUUGCAUCCAGGAGUCCAAAGUAAUGAGAUCAUCAAUACAUUGCAGGAAUUGAGAGCAAGCAGGGGUGGCUUCCUCAGUGGCUUAUCCAUUGAGAACAUUGUGAUGAAGGUUUCAUCUAUGCUGAUAAACAAGCCCAAAGUCUAGACAUGUAAGACCGAAGUAACCACCAAUAAUCCCGGUGCUUCCUCCCUUGUCCAUGAUGUAGUGGCAAUGUGCGCCACUGUGUUUCUGUUUUAUUUGUGAAAUGUUCUGUUUUGCGUUAAUGGUUUUUUGGGUUAAGUUGAAUUCAUUAAAAAAAAGCAUCAAAUA